AUGUCUGAACCCAUCAGGAAUAAGAAGGCGGACUUCCCGGUCGCACCGACCCCGCAAAACACACCGGCUAACAAUGCCCCCAUCUCAUCUCACGCUCAACAGCCCGGCGUGUCCAGCAUCAAGGAAGAGACCCUGGACACCGCGGCUGCCGCCUCCCUGUUUGCCCGUAACCCAGCUCUGGUCUCCAUGAUUCAGGGUAAGCUGGGCCAACUCGUUGGCCGUUCAUCCGGUUAUAUCGAAUCUCUCCCCCCUGUUGUCCGCCGCCGUGUCGCUGGUCUGAAGGGUAUCCAAAAGGAGCACUCCGAGCUCGAGGCUCAGUUCCAAAAGGAGGUCCUCGAGCUCGAGAAGAAGUACUUCGCCAAGUUCACCCCCCUGUACGAGCGCCGUUCCACAAUCAUCAACGGUAGCGUCGAGCCUACCGAGAAGGAAGUCGAGAAGGGCAAGGAAGAUGAGGAGGAGGACGAGGAAGAUGAGACCAAGGAGUCUGAGAAGAAGGAACAGGAGGAUGAGUCCGAGUCCCCUGCUGCUGGUAUCCCCGAGUUCUGGUUGUCUGCCAUGAAGAACCAGGUCUCACUCGCCGAGAUGAUCACCGACCGCGAUGAGGAGGCCCUUAAGCAUCUCACCGACAUUCGCAUGGAGUACCUCGACUGCCCCGGAUUCCGCCUGAUUUUCGAGUUCUCCGAGAACGAGUUCUUCACCAACAAGACCAUCACCAAGACCUACUACUACAAGGAUGAGAGCGGAUACGGUGGUGACUUCAUUUAUGACCACGCCGAGGGCUCUAAGAUUGACUGGAAGGAGGAGAAGGACCUGACUCUCCGCCUGGAGAGCAAGAAGCAGCGUAACAAGAGUAUGUUGAACUUUACACCAAGCAGACCCGCGUUGUCAAGAUUAGCGUGCCCACUGAAUCUUUCUUCAACUUCUUUUCCCCACCUCAACCCCCCCACCGACGAGGACGAGGACGAUGACGCGUCCGUCGCCAGCGACAUCGAAGAGCGCCUCGAGCUGGACUACCAGCUGGGAGAGGACAUUAAGGAGAAGCUGAUCCCCCGCGCCAUUGACUGGUUCACCGGUGAGGCUCUUCAAUUCGAGGAGAUGGGCGAGGACAUGGACCCCGAGGAGUUCGAUGACGAGGAUGAUGAGGAUGAGGAUGAAGAUGAUGAAGAUGAUGAGGACGAGCGUGGAUCCGUUUCCGUGGAGGACGACUCAGAUGACGAGGAUGGCACUUCUAAGCCCAAGAAGGAGGCGGCCGAGUGCAAGCAAAACUAG